AGUUCAUUCUACGUCCUUGAUACUUUCCCUUUAGUUUUACGAGCGAUCGUUUGGCAUUCUUUUACUAAGCUCUUCGCUGGCUAGCAAUUAGUGCGAAUAUUUCGUCCGACUUCAAACGACGGUAAACUGUUGGAGGAAAUCGCGAUUUAUAGCCAGUUGAAAAGGAAGUGAAGAAUAUACAGUCUCUAGAAGAAUGAUGAUGGAGACUAGCCAUCAAACGGAUUUAUCCAAAUCCCUGCCACCUCCGCCAGCACCCCUCCAACUACCAACUUCGAUGGGAAUGCAUCCUCAGACUUCACCAGCCUCAGGUGGAGGAUCUCCUCCUAUGCAUAACAAUAAUGCCUCAAAAUCUAAUCAGGCUGAUAGAGAUCGUGUAAAACGACCCAUGAAUGCUUUCAUGGUUUGGUCAAGAGGACAGAGAAGAAAAAUGGCCCAGGAAAAUCCUAAGAUGCACAACUCAGAAAUUUCUAAGCGAUUGGGCGCCGAAUGGAAACUACUGUCAGAGAGCGAAAAGAGACCAUUUAUCGACGAAGCGAAAAGACUCAGAGCGAUUCAUAUGAAAGAGCACCCUGACUACAAAUAUCGACCACGUAGGAAGACUAAAACUCUAAUGAAAAAGGACAAGUACGCUAUACCUAUGACAGGAGGGUUACCAGGCCAACAAAGAGACAUGUAUCCGAGCAUGAACGGUUACCCGGGCAUGAACGGUUAUCCGAUGUCGAUGGCCGACCCUUAUCAACAACAUGCCGCCAUGACCGGCCAGAUGAUGCCCCAGUAUCCCGGCUACGGAAUGCCGACAACGCAGAUGUCGACCUCUUCUAGCUACAUGAAUGGAGCGGGUCCAAGUUAUACCUACUCUAUGGCACCUUACGCCGCUCAGCCACCUCUGGCCCACCAGAAUCCUAACAGCUCACCAACGGCAAUGAUUAAACAAGAAGACGGAUCGCCAAGCCCAACUUCGGGCGGUAGUACUCCAGGAGCCAGCUCCAAUGGUACUCCAGCUAGACCUUGCCAAGGCGACCUUAGGGACAUGAUAAACAUGUACCUACCCGGCGCUGAAGCUAAUCAACGUCAAGCGGCUGCCGCCGCAUCAGAGUACGCUCGCAUGCAGCAGAUGAUGGUCAACUAUCCGACUACGUCGUCGCAUUCCGAAUCGACCGUCCCUCUAACGCAUAUGUAGGUAGGCCGAAAAAUUGGUUUUUUCGACGACGCUCAAAAAAGUGCCACUCUCCUUAUAUAUAUAUAUAUAUAUAUAUCUUUCUCCUGACCCUGCCCAAUUCGCCCUUUUAAAAAAAACGAAUCUCCCUUUUUCCGGACUUGUGUACGAAUAUUGCCAAUCUCAGAAUACUCUAUGUUUUACUAAUUUUUUGUUUUCUCUCUCUUACCUUUAAGUUCUAUUUUUUUUUAAACCGAAGUAGAGAGUUUGUAACUCAACUAAUCUCCGUGUGCAUAUUAAAACGCUGCAAAAAAUUCUGGGCGUCAUUUUUUUUCCUUUUUAAAUCGAAUAUUCUCUUUUUAUAUAUAUAUAUAUAUAUAUUAUUUAGAUAUCUAUAUCUAUAUACUUGUACAUAUAGACAUAGGAUUUUAUACCAAAAGAGAAUAAUUCAGAAAUUUUAAGAAAACUUAUGUUUUUUCAUUUCUUUUAAAAGAGCGUAUAUACAUUGUCUUUAGUAAUUUUUUUAAUUAUGGGGGGAAGUAAGGCGGUGAAAAAAUUCUUCUCGGGAUCUUAAAAAAAAUAUUAUCAAUUUUCACAUUAUAGAAGACAGUAUAGCGGAGAGAAAGAAAAUAUAUGUUUUUUUUUUUUUGCACUUUAACUAGGUUGAGAGAGGGGAUAGGGGAAUUUUUUUUUCUUUAUUUUUAAAGAUAGAGUCAAAAAAAAAUUAACAAAGGAAGAUCUAUAAAAUGCCAUGAAAAAGAGGAAAAGAAGAAGGAUGGAAAAAUUACACACAAAAAAGGGGGAAAAAGAAUGUCCAAAAAGUUAAAAUUUUUAAAUUUUUGCAGCGUAUUAUAACUCGGUUGUUUCCUUUUUUUUACACAUGUAAAUACGUAUUAUCUAAUAAUUUCUGAAUGUCCGCACUAUAAGCGUGUUUUGUAUAUAUACAUAUAUACUACGUUUACCGUUUUAACGACGUGCGUCCGUUGUACAGUGAUUUUUUUUUUUGCGAAUGCGAUAUAUCUUUCUAUUAUAUUAUCGAGAGCAAUUGUAACAAAAAAUAAAUGUUGAACGUUUUUUUUCUUAUAAUUCAUAUGUACGAUUCCUGGCGUGCGCUUUUGAAAUAUUCAACGAAAUCGUGUCCAAUGUUAAAAAAUGUAUGGUAUUCUAGACAGGUGAUGCAAAUUCACUAUUUUCUAGGUACCGAGACGACCUGGGUUUCUUGAAUUAUUCGACGAACAUGGAUUAAACACACUCGAAAAUUUAUAUUGCGUGAUCUUACACUUAUUCUAUUAUAAAAUGUAUAAUCGAAAUCUUUCAAAGGCUAUUGAGGGCGUUGUUCUAAUCCCUCAAACCCGAAUAUCUUGGAAUUACGAGCUAGGUGCAACUCUAGGUGGCGUAUUGACGGGGGCCUAGGCCUUGUAAAAUCAACGGACCGUUGAAAGCGUUGUAUUAUUGAAAAAUGUUCAUAUUGUUUUUUUUAACAUAGGAAGAAAAAUAUAAUAGUUUUUUUUCCAACAUUAUUUUAAACUUUCUCUAUAAGUGACGCCCUUAGCUCACGCCUCACUUAUUCCUGAGAAAAACACGAAGAGAUAAGGGAAUUGCCAGCGAAAUUAAUUUAGGCCUAGUUAAGCGUGUAAAACGUUCUCCUCACGCUUGUUUCCUCUUUUUCUCCUUUUCUCUCUUCCCCCUCCCCGCUUUUUUCUCUUCUUCUAAAUAGUCGUAUAGAGCGAGUUCAUAAGCUAUUUCCAACACGUAAUAACAUACACAGCAUAGUAUAUAAAGUCUGAAAGAAUAUUCUAUUCCCCUUUCCGUUUUGCCCUAUCAUCCAUCUCAUUAUCAAAUAUAUAUCCUUCUUUUUUUACUUAAUAAAAAGAAGUAAGAUUCAUAAUGAUCGUUGCGAAUAGACUUAGCAGAGGCGUAACUAUCAACAAAAAGAAUUGUUCGAGGGACAAGACAUAAACUGACGUUGACUUCUCUAGAGAGAAGAGAAGCGGGAAUCUGUCGAAAAAAAAUCCCGUAUAACCAAUUUGAUAACAUAUUAGCGAGAGUUUUAUUCUAUUACUUUCAAAUGUCUAUUUAAAUAAUGAUGAUUAUAGAAAAGGAAAGAUCAAGUAAACGUGUAAUGCUAAGUAAAAAUAUAUUGAAAAAGUCGGUAAAAGUGGUAGGGAUUUGGUAUGGAAACCCUUUGGCACCAACAAGACGUACGUUUUUAUAGAACAUAGGAAUGUUGAUUAGUAUUGUUUUUAUAGGCACUUACUAGGGGCAAUUUUACGACGCAUUGUGUACACAUUACAUUAGAAUGUAGGACUAGUCUAUAAAGCUAUUACUAUAUGCUAUAAAUCGGGAGCUGUAAACGUUAAAGGUUGAACAUAUAUAAACUUAUGGAUAUAGCAUAUAUAUAUACAUAUUAGAUUAUAAAUCUAUGAAUUAAAAUGUGUAUUCUCCUAGAUUUACCACUCAGUUUACUGCUUAUCCAUACAAAUUAUGAUACAUUUUCUAUUACGCAUGCGCAUUUGUGAUAUUAUAUAUUAAACUUGAUGGUUAGGUGUCCGAAUCACGAUAAUUCAUUGAAUACGAUAGGAAAAGAAGAAAUACCUGAAUUUUUAACAAAUAUAUUAAAUCCCUUAUGCGUCGUCACGUUAAUCUUUUAACUCCCACCGUUCCCACCCCCUCUUUCGAAUAUUUCACCCACUUAUUCUCUUUCAACAGUAUCUCUCUAUCAAAUCGUAAAAUUCCUUCCACAUUUUUUUUCAACGAAUAUAUAACUUUUUCAUAUCUAACUUUAAUUAUUCAAAUAAGAUAUCUAAAACAUCUAAGUACUGUGGAAGAAUCCUACGGCAUCAAUAUAAUGACGACGCAGAGAACUCUAUACAUUUAUGUAUAGCUGGGCAUGUAUAAUUAAACGACCCGCACCGGCUGCCGUUCAAAACAUCUGUACACCACCGCGUUAUUGUUGCCCGACUCGCGAUAAAACGUUAACAGGUUGUUAGAGCGAACGAAGGUGGGCGAGACACACAACGUAGAUAUGAACAUAACAAUUUUGUUACCUAGUAAAGUCAUAUUUAAAAAAAAAACUACUGUCAUUUUAAUAAGUACACCAUUUUCACCUCUGCUUUUUACUCAUUUGAAUAUUAUAUAUAUUUAUAUAUAAUACGCAAAUAGUCUUUCUCUAUUUCAAACCGUUUGAAUAAUUUAUUAUGGAAUAUUCAAAAAAUGAUACAAAAUUAUAAAUUUGAUAACAAUUGAAUUGAUUAUUUCAAUAGGCAUAUACACUGUAUAUAAAAUAUAUCUAUAAAUGUAGA